CGUUUCCGCUUCCAGACCGGGUGCAAGUACCUUUAUGGACAAGAUAAAAUAUUUUGGAAAGAGAAACUUGUGUCUGACUUCACUUAAGAAAUAGGGUUUUGGGACUAUGAAAACUGAUUUACGAGAAAAUAUCUUGACAUUGCGAUGAAAGUAGGGGUGUGGACUGGUAUGGUUUGUGGAGCAUCAGGCGCCGUACCUUCUGAACGAGCACCGUAGCAGACUCUUUGUUCUUGUUGUCAAAAUGAGAUCGAUACCCUGUCAAGGCUUUUGAAAAGUGGCAGAUUUCUCUGAGCAGCGGGAUAUUGUAACAGUCAUGUAAUCUUUAUCGAUUAUACUGUCAUGCAUAUAACACCCGUAUGGGUGAUGUGAAAUGUUCUGAAAAAAAAUUGCUGGGUGUAGUCUCUCUUCCCAGGAUUCGUGUGUUUGGUGAAAGACCUGGACAUUAAAAGGAUGGGGAACAAACAGUCUUGCUGUAUUUACCACAGCCCUAAGAGUCACGGCAAGAAAACUGCAGAAAAUUAUCAGCCGUCGCGGUCGGAGGUAGAAGUUCAGGGUCAACAUCUUGGAGAGCUAGGCCAUGGACUGCAACAACAACAAAGCAAUAUCUCACUUUCAGUCGUGCCUCAACAUAUUAGUGAGCGUGAACCAGAAGAAAUGGAUAUUGAUCCUUCAAACAACCCAAAGGCAAUACCUCUCUUUUCAACAAAGUCUGAAAGUGAGGUUCAGAAAAAUAAUAAACUGAGACGACGCAGUCAGUUGGUAAUAAGUUCUGAAGGACGUCCUCAAUUUGUAGAUGAAUAUGGGCAUUUGAAGAAGUUCAGCUCUUGUUCCACAAUCUUUAUUGAUGACUCUACGGUGUCUCAACCCAACCUGAAGAGUACAAUCAAAACAGUAGCUCUGGCAAUCUACUUUCAUAUACGUAACCGUGAUAGAAAUGCUGGGAAAUCAGGACUACUUGAAAGCCAUGUUAUGGAAAUAUUUGAUGAAAAGCUGCACCCAUUGUCUAAAGAGCUUGUUCCUGAGGACUACAGUCAUCGCGAUCCUGAACACAAACUGAUCUAUCGUUUUGUACGGAACUUGUUUAAUGCUGCUCAGUUGACAGCUGAGUGUGCAAUUGUUACAUUGGUGUACUUAGAACGGCUGCUGACCUAUGCUGAGAUUGACAUCCAUCCUGGCAACUGGAAACGCCUUGUGCUGGGUGCCAUCAUCCUUGCUUCUAAAGUGUGGGAUGACCAGGCUGUGUGGAAUGUUGAUUUCUGCCAAAUUCUGAAGGAUAUUCAGGUGGAUGACAUGAAUGAGCUUGAGCGUCAAGUCCUGGAGCUGCUGCAGUUUAACAUAAAUGUCCCCUCGAGUGUUUAUGCCAAGUAUUACUUUCAUUUACGUUCGUUGGCAGACGCUCAUGAUUUGGUUAUUCCACCACAGCCACUCACAAAGGAUCGUGCCCUGAAGCUGGAAGCAAUGUCAAGCGUAUGUGAUGACAAAAUGCAGUUCUGGCACAAGUCACGUACUCACCGCUCCUACAGUCUCGAUGGGUUUGUCAACAGAAAUCAUCACAAUUCCAGGGCGAUUCUGUCUUGACACUACUGGGUGCUAGCAGCGACAAGCACUUGUGUGCUAGCAAUAUGGAUCUAGUCACAUUACUGCAUGCUGAUGUGGGACCCAGAAACUGUGACAUUCUAACUGUAGUACUUUGUGAUCGCCCAAGAUGUAGUCACUGCGAGGCCAAAAGUUGCUCACAGCUAAGCUUCUGUACAGUCUGUGCCAUUUGACGGUGAGAAGAAAGGCAUUAUGAAGCAGAAAUCUGGAUAUAAUGUAACUUCUAAUGUGUGUUUUCAUCUGAGACACUUUUCAUGAACAAUGAACAGAAUGUUUUCACUUCUGAUACUUAAUUUACUGCCUUUUAUUAACGUAGGCUGAAAAAGAAAACUUGUUUUUCAAAACUUACAGCAUGCUGCUGUAUCUCAUGAAAUGCAAGAGAAAGAAUGGUGAUGCAACAAAAAAACUUAAACUAUGUGACCCUUCAUGUUUUGGUGUGGGAUAGAAGAAGUUCAUGUCUGGAAGAGUCAAUCUACAUGUUAGGAUUCUGAAAUCUGUUAUUAAUUAACUCCUUCAUUUUUGUCACCAUCAUCAUUGUGAUAACUUUUCGCUCAGUUCCAUAUGUCUUCUUUUUUAUCGUUUUAUAAUAACUGCUAUUAGGGACUUGAGCAUUUGAAAUUGUAAGGCUUGGUGGUGAGAAAUUAUGCAUGCAGCUUAAGAUCUGUUCAGGUACAUUGUCCAUUGUUUUUAAUAUCGAUUAAUGUUUAUGCAUAUUUGUGCAUGUGUAGGGAUAGCAUUGAUAUUUGCUGCCUUAGGUAGUGCUGGAGGAUAAGCAUUCUAAAUAAAUCUUUAGACAUUUUUCUGUUUAUCUGUUCAUUAGCUUAUUUGAAAAGGAAUGCUUUUUUAACAAAUAAAUUGAUUUUUCUUUUGUAAAGUGGCUUUAUUUGUCAGAAGGUACAUCAUAUUAUGAAGGUAGCUUUCAGGUUAUUUGGCUUUCGCUACAUGAAGAAAUUUAUAUGGUAUCUUUUUAUACAGGUAGGUAAAAAGACCAAAAGCAUUUGACAAUGACCAAUAUUGUGAGAUAUAAACAUCAUAAUAACACAGUCUGAUAUUGGAAUUAACUGGCUAAGAUACCAUUGUGAUAUGGAACAUUGAGAUAAAGUGGCUAAAAUGUCAUUUUGUUUCUACUGAAGGGUUGGCAUAAUGACAAUGUCAGGAUGAAGAUGAUUAGAUGCAGUUGUGAGGUUUGAUAAUAGAAUGAAGAGGUCAGAUGCAGUUUUGACAUCAGCAUAAAGCAGUGUUUCUAAUGUUGGGUUGACACCACUGGGACACAGUGUAGGGAGAGUGCCCUAUGGCCUUUAAUUUCCUUCAUAUUGCAAAAAUGGGAUUAAAACACACUGACAUGGCAACUUCAUAUUCCUUCCCACCCCUGCCCAAAAUGUCUGUUGCCCACUCCUGCCCAAAACAUGUCUAUUGGAAUAUCCUGUGGCAAUGAAAAUGACAAUAUUUCAUUAGACCUACCCUACAAAUCACUGCACCCUUUCUUUCUCAGAUGGUUCAGAGAAAGAGGCUCUUGAAGGACAAAAAAGUGAAAAUGUUUUUAUCAGGCAGAAAAAUGGACGUGCCAUUCAAAUGGAAAAGCACUCAACAAAGUUCAAAGUUGAAACUGUUACUUUGCAGAAAGCAGGUCCUACCAAAAAAAGUUCAUCUUUGCAGGCACACUUUGUAAAAUACUUCCCCAAGCUUUAAAACAUAUGCCUUAAAUAGCCUGCAACAAUUGACCAGUUCGUUGAUGGAUCCAUCACAUAGUGAUGUACUGAAUGAAGGAACAGACAAACCUGAGGUUUAAAGGCUGUCACAAGAAGAGUCGUGGAUAUCUUUUGAGACAAAAUCAGCAGAAAGAAAAAAUAACUUUAGUAAACUUGAGUAACUGGACUAGAAAUAACUUGCUGACACUCUGUUGAUGGAGAAAUCUUAGGUCCCAAGCAAUAGUUAGUGUUCACCUGACUUUCAAGACCUCUUAAUCAGACUCAUAUUUUCAAAUAUAUGGCAACAUAAAGACUUGCCAAAGGUCAUCAAAUAAUUGUGUCUAUAGUUAAUAAGUCUUUGCCUGAGAGAGGAGGAGGAAACGGGUGUUUUACAGCAACUAAGAUUUUAUCAUGGCAAAGCAGCCAGCACUGUAAGCAAGGGCAGCAUGCAGAGAAAUAACAGCAUGCCAAAGACAAAAUCUAAUACUUGCAAUAGCUAGUCUUUGUAUUGAUGCAUUAACCAUUGCACCACUGGACCACCCACCUGAGAGAGCCAGGGUGAUAAAGAUGACUAAAACUUUCCAUAAUGGGACAAGAGAACAGCAUAUAGAAAGUAGCAAAACUAAAAUGUUAUUGGGGAACUAUAUUUGACAGAUUCAUAACAAAUGCUUUAUGUCCACAAAACUCUUGUAAUACAAUAUAGUGAGUUUUUUCCUCCCAGUAACGAUGUUUGUAUUGUUUCUAUUUGAUAUUUGUACAAUUGAUCUGCAGUUAGUAUUAUUCGGUAGGUUGUAUUUUUGUCUCAUUUUUCUAAACCUAUAUUUUAAUAAAAACAAAAGAAAUAGUAUCUGAAAAAAACUCAAGGUGGUUUACAUGUGAUGUACAUAUACUAGUGGAACUCACAGCCUUUAUUAGUAUGACUGAGUUACUACCUCAAGUAGAUACGGUAGACUCAUGAUGUGGUCCUGGUGUCUACAUUGUAAUGGUUAUUUUUCCAGUUAUGUGGUCUAUAUGGCCAGUCUCUUUUGUCAUUUGCAAAAUUGUCUAACCUUAUUGCCAGUCAAAAGUAGUGAACCAUACUGUUCGCAUCCUGAGGUGCGAGUUUGCUUCACCUGGGGAGAAUUUCUUCCAAGUGAAAAUGUGUACUUCUGAAAAUGCUGCUUAUGAUUGUAAAAGGUGAGACUGGUAACAAGGUGGGAGCCUAGAAAACAGACUCCAUUGAUCCUGUUAGUUUUACCGAUGCUGUUGGUGUCCUUACUGAGUGGCAAUUGAAUGUUUACCCUCGUCUCAAAAGCUGGUAAACUUGAAGUAACAUUUUUUAGGACAUGCAGUCAGUUGAAAACUAUUUAAGUUUUUAUCGGCAAAUUGAUGCCACAGGUAAUAUAUUUAUUACACUGUACUGGAAUAACUUGUGACAGGACUCCUUCAGAUGUUUUCAUCCAUGCUUUUAGUUUAGUUUUGGAGAGUUUGAUGUUUGUAAUAUACUUAGUUUUUUGUUAUAUUUUAAGAUUGUAUUUUCAUAAAAUAGCUGGUCCAGAGACAAGAGGGAUCUCUAAAUUCUCCUAUUACCUAAAGAUCAUGGGACUAUCUUUUGUUAAAAAACAAAUUGACAUUGUGCAUUGGACACUGAACUAAUUUGUUGGGCCACGAACUAAUAUCCCUGGACUGCUGGCAGACGAUUUUUUUUCAGUUAACUGCUAAAAUGAGGCAUGAGACAAGAACGCUUCAAGUUUAUUCACAUUCUUUGUUAUCGCUCGCCGGGACUACCAGCGGAUCACUUCACAAGAGGCUAAGCGUUGGUCUUGGCAGACAGCAAUCCACCUCUACACAUCCUUGGUUGGGCUAUGAAAAUUUAUAACAAAGAAAGAAAUUUGACUUACUGGGUUAGCUUCAAACGUUAAAAAACAAAAAAGGAGCUACCGAUUUGAGAUGUGUGAAUAAUUUUGCUUUCGUAAACCAGUAGGAAUUAUUAGUGCAACAUGAAUAUCACGUGUAGCUGUUUGCUUCCAUGGUAUGGUGUUCUGGAUUUGUAGCUGUAAGCUUUAUGUCUCAAUCAUGAAAGAUGAAAAAUAUUGUAAGGAUUUGUAAAAAAAUUUACUAGAGAUUUAAUAUUUCAUAUUUAGACAACUGUCUUCAGAAAGCAUAUUUAUAAACAAGUUAAUCUUAAAACCCCUGGGUCUCCCAACCUAUUGACAAUGAGCAACUUGAAAUGUAUGACAAAUUCUGUGCAAUCAGUGUUGUUUCUCCAGCUCAUCUUCAUGUCAGCAUAUUUUUCUUGUACAGAUUGAGAACAAACAGAGGUCUUCCGCUUGCAAUAGUAGUUUCAGUGUCCAGAAUAUACCUCAAAUUAUAAUAGAAGCUGGUUUUUCAGUGUAUAUUCAGUUUUAUUCUUAAAAGAGAAAUCUUGAGUGCAUCUGAUGUUUCCAAUAUGGAAGACUUUUGUUUUUUUUUUUAAAAUGAACUUUCCACCUCACUCUCAAUCCAACAUGCCUUUCAGUUGGCAUGUUUGAAAAAUUGCCAAGAAUCUGUGGGUUGUUGUGUCUUUUAUAUUAUUUAUGUCCUAAGCAGUUGUUCUCUCCCACAUGCACAGCCAGCUUUUUAAUUGGCAAAUAUUGUGGGGCUUUUAUUAUCAAAAUUUAGAAGACACGAGCAGUACUUGUUUUACCAGAAUCAUGCCAGAACUUAUAUAUACAGGCUUGACAUUUGUUGAGGCUGGAUUGCAUAUAAUUUCAGAAUAGUCUUUCAAAAGAUAUUUUCAGGCAUUAAUAGAGUUUGGCUUCUGUGCAUCAUGCACAUGUCUUAGUCUUGUGCUAAUAUAGUCAACAUGUAUAAAUUGAAAAAGUAUUUCAGUUGUACAGACAAGUGUUAAUGUUUGCGACACAUUGGAAUAACUGUGUUUACAGAUUUCAACUGUGGUACUUUGUGUUGUAAAAAAUAAAAUAUAAAUAAACUUCA